GGUGUGCGUGUGUGUGGGCGGGGUGAGUGUGACGCGGAGAUUUCUUUAUCUGCGCAGCUGCUUCAGUUGUAGUUUUUUGGUUUGAAAGAAAAAGUGAAUCAAGAGAAGAAAGAAGACUGAAGUCAUCCUUCAUUUAUAUUCAGCUAGGAUCUCUCUCUCUCUCUCUCUCUCUCUCUCUAUCUCUCUCUCUCUCCCUCUCUCUAUAUCUCCCUCAUCCUCUCUCCCUCUCCCUCUCUUUAUCUCUCUCUCUCUCUCGGACUCAGAUUAUCUCCAUCAUCCUGCCGCUGAGAUGUCGACUCCAGAAGCAGCAGGUGCUCCCGGGGCAUCGGAGGGUGAGGGGGGCCCUCCGGCUGCGGCCCCAAACCUCACCAGCAACAGACGACUGCAGCAGACGCAGGCACAGGUGGACGAGGUGGUGGACAUCAUGCGUGUGAACGUGGACAAAGUCCUGGAGAGGGACCAGAAGCUGUCGGAGCUGGACGACCGGGCCGACGCCCUGCAGGCCGGAGCCUCGCAGUUUGAGAGCAGCGCCGCCAAACUCAAGAACAAGUACUGGUGGAAAAACUGCAAGAUGAUGAUCAUCAUGGCAGUUAUAGGUAUUAUAUGUGUUGGAGUCAUCUUCUUGUAUUUCUUCUACUGAGCUGCUCUUCAGGGAUGGACGCACAAGUCGCAGGACGAGUGCACUGCACCGACACCACCGAACCAAAUCCAGCCUCUCCUCAGCGCUCCUCCUGCUCUUCCCCCUCCUCUUCCUCACCGAUGCCUUCCUCAGAAACUUCCAUGCAUGGUCUGUAAUGUGCUCCGGUGCCUCCUUUUUCUCUCUGCUCCUCAUGGAAAACGUCUCUCCUGGCAGGAAUCCUGAGUUGAACAACGGCUGGAUAUUUUUGUUUUCAUUUGACCUUGCUGGGAGCAAUCAUCAUCAUCAUCAUCAUCAUCAAGACAGUUUAAAUUGUGAGUUCAUUUAUAAGUUACAGAAAAGUAUAUUAAACUGACUUUUUUGGUACUUGCUGCAUUGUCCAUUUCAAGGAGUUUAACACAAACAGAAAGGAUCUUUUCAAACAGUACUGGCUGCAGGUCUAAAGUCCAUUGACCCAGGUUUGUUCAUUGAGUACAAUGGACAUGAAACUGAAAGCAUCUUCAAAAAAAAUGUAAUCGUCAGACUUUAACAUUAAUCUAACUAUAGCUGUCAGAAAAAUGUAGUAGAGUAGAAAAUAAAAUAUUUCCCUCUGAAUUCCGGUGGAGUGAAGCCCAUAAAGUAGCAUAAGAUGAAAAUACUCAAGUCAAGUACAACUAACUCAAAAUUGUACUGAAGUACAGUACUUAGUUACUUCCCAUCACUGUUUACUUCACUCAGUCAUUCAUUAAAACAUGGUUCUGGCUGCAGAUGGAAAUUGAGUUUUAGAGGCCAGAAAUCUCAGCAGCUGGUGAAGUAACUGUUGAGUCAGCUGCUUUGUCAUUUCUAAGUUUUAAGUUAUUUUCUUUAACUUACAGCAGCCGGAGACGACGACAGAGAUAUUUCCCAUUAGAAAAUAAAGAUUGUAAAGAUGUAGAAAUACAAAUGUAGCAAAACGUCGUCUUGUGCGUUGAGACGCAGAGGAUCUAGACUGAGAGAGUUUGUAGAAAGAUGAUUGCAGCAGAUUAGAGCGACAGACAGUCGGCUCACACCUAAUACUCACCCAAUUUCCAAAAAGAAUCCACUGAAUGUGAGUAAGAUAACUUGUUUUUUAACAUGUAAUUGUCCGACUUUAACAUGAAUCUGGUUCUAAAUGGAUUUCCACGGUGAACAUGUAGCUGCUGGUGUUUGAUUUGUUGAUGCUGAGGAACUGAAACAACAGUAUAUUGAACCUGGGUUUACGGAUUCCUGUUUCCCUGUCUGUCCUCUUGUCCAGCUGUAUUGUACUUGUACAGUAUUGUUCAGGAAAGCUGCCCCCUUGCUGUCAGUAUUGGUACUGCUACUGAUGUAUUUUCAACUUAUAAAGAAAUACGACAGGAACAAUUUAGAUUUUUUUGCUCUCUGUUUGUCUGUCCUGCAUCAGUUUGAGUUAUUGUGAUGCAGCAACAGUCCUGUUUUUGUUUUUAUUGUCUUGUGAACCAACCUGACUUGUGUUUCGUGUACUACAGCUGUGGUUUGAAUGUUUCUUUGUUCUGAAUUUGCUUGAAUGUGAUUCCUCUGUAAUAAAAGCUGAGUUUGAGUGA